AUGCCGUACAACAUUGCCAUGGUCAGUGACUUCUUCUUCCCCCAGCCAGGUGGGGUUGAGAGUCAUAUCUACCAGCUGUCGACUAAACUCAUCGAUCGCGGCCACAAGGUUAUCAUCAUCACCCAUGCGUACAAGGGCCGCACCGGGGUCCGCUACCUCACCAACGGACUCAAGGUCUACCAUGUCCCGUUCUUCGUCAUCUACCGGGAAUCGACCAUGCCCACCGUCUUCUCCUUCUUCCCCAUCUUCCGCAACAUUGUCAUCCGCGAGCAGAUCCAGAUCGUGCAUGGCCACGCCAGUCUGAGCAGUUUCUGCCAUGAGGCGAUUCUGCAUGCGCGCACCAUGGGGCUGCGCACCGUGUUUACGGACCAUUCGCUGUUCGGCUUUGCCGAUGCAGGUUCCAUCUUGACGAACAAGCUGCUCAAGUUUACCCUCAGUGAUGUGGACCAUGUCAUCUGUGUCAGUCAUACUUGCAAGGAGAAUACGGUGCUGCGAGCGUCUCUCGAUCCGCUAAUGGUGUCCGUCAUCCCCAACGCCGUGGUGGCUGAAAACUUCCGGCCCCUGUCGUACCCGUCGGACGGCAGCUCAGAGCGACCGGCGCCGCGAGUCAUCGGCCCCAACGACACCAUCACCAUUGUGGUGAUCUCGCGGCUGUUCUACAACAAAGGAACUGACCUGCUCAUUGCAGCCAUCCCCCGAAUAUUAGCGGCUCAUCCAAAUGUGCGGUUCAUCAUCGCGGGCUCCGGUCCCAAGGCAAUUGACCUGGAGCAGAUGCUGGAACGGAACGUGCUGCAGGACAAGGUCGAGAUGCUGGGCCCCGUGCGGCACGAGGAGGUGCGCGAUGUGAUGGUUCGGGGUCACAUUUAUCUGCACCCGAGUCUGACGGAAGCGUUUGGCACGGUGCUCGUUGAGGCCGCCAGCUGCGGGCUGUACGUGGUCUGCACGCGUGUGGGCGGCAUUCCCGAGGUGCUGCCCCAGCACAUGACGACCUUUGCGAAGCCCGAGGAGGACGAUCUCGUGCAGGCGACGGGGAAAGCAAUUGCGGCGCUGCGGUCCAACAAGGUGCGCACGGAGCGGUUCCACGACCAAGUGAAGAUGAUGUACUCGUGGACGGACGUGGCGCGGCGGACAGAGCGAGUGUAUCAUGGGAUUUCCGGCGCCAUCAGCGAGCAGGAGUUCUACGGGCAUUAUCCAGGGGCCGGAUGGGACGCGGGCCGGGGACGGACGCGCAGUUUUGCGCUGAUCGACCGGCUGAAACGAUACUACGGAUGCGGCAUCUGGGCGGGGAAGCUGUUCUGCUUGUGUGUGGUGAUCGACUACUUGUUUACAGGAUAUUUCCAUGAUACCCCACCUAUCCCCCGAUGGAUUCGUUUCAUGCAAUAG